GUUAUCAAAAGGGGCAGCUCCUAAUCGGCCAAGAGACUGAACUCUGUUACCUAAGGGGCUGCCGGUGACUUUGGGCUGCUAAUCAUGGCUUUCCACAGGCACACAGGGCCUGGCAGUUACACUGUGGGCACCAUGUCGGAGCGCUUUGACUGCCACUACUGCCGCGACCCUCUGCAAGGGAAGAAGUACGUGCAGAAAGAGGGCCGCCACUGCUGCGUCAAGUGCUUCGAGAAGUUCUGUGCCAACACCUGCACUGAGUGCAAGAAACCCAUCGGAGCCGACUCCAAGGAGCUGCAUUUCAAGAACCGUUACUGGCACGACAGCUGCUUCCGCUGCUUCAAGUGCUACACGUCCUUGGUCAACGAGCCCUUCAUGCUAAGGGAGAACAACAAGGUCUGGUGUAGCAACUGCACUACCACUGCGGAUGCGCCCAGGUGUAAGGGCUGCUUCAAGCCUAUCAUUGCAGGAGACCAAAAUGUUGAGUACAAGAAGAUGGUCUGGCACAAGGACUGUUUCACUUGCAGCCAGUGCAAGCAAGUGAUUGGAUCUGGGAGCUUCUUCCCCAAGGGCGAUGACUUCUACUGUGUCUCCUGCCAUGAGCACAAGUUUGCCAAGACCUGUGCUAAAUGCAAGAAUCCCAUCACUUCUGGAGGCCUCACUUACCAGGAACAGCCUUGGCAUUCAGAGUGUUUCAUUUGCUCCAACUGCAAGAAGCAACUGGGCGGGAAGCGCUUCACAGCUGUAGAGGAUCAGUUUUACUGUGUUGAAUGCUACAAGGAGUGUGUUGCCAAGAAGUGUGCUGGCUGCAAGAAUCCUAUUACAGCAGGAUUUGGAAGAGGAACCAGUGUGGUUAACUACGAAGAUGAAUCCUGGCACGAUUAUUGUUUCAAAUGCACAAAGUGUGCCCGUGGUCUGGCCAACAAGCGCUUUGUUUGCCAUAAUGGAAAAAUUUACUGUGCUGAGUGUCCCAAACGACUGUAA